CAACGUGCAGCCGACAAUACACGCCAGUUACAGGACAUCGAAAGAACAGCCAUGGCUGAAGACAGCAGCAACGAAUGCACGCCUCUUGACUUAAGCAUGAAGGACAAAACAACACCAAGUACAAGCCGUGACGGUACCCAGGAGGCUUCAUCUACUUUGGGCGCAUACACAACGAUUUCUGAUGACACCUUGCAGCGCAUGCCGAUGACCGACGAGACUUGCAACGUCGACGAUGCCGACACAGAUACUGACAAUGGCACUACAAGUUGCCUGGCCCUGGGGUCCACCAGGAACAUCGAUAACGUAAGGCCCAGCAGAAGCCGCGCUGGCAUGGAGGAAGCAUCAGCCAGUUUUGAAGACGGCGCCACAUGGGUUUUACGAUUUCAUUCGAGUUGCCCAAGUGCCUGCCGUUUUACUGGCUCUCUCAUCCUUGGCACAGACUGCGCAUGCGCGAUCAUUCAGCAAAGUUCUGUCUCAGAAAGACGCUAGUGCUCCGGAGCGUCGUCA